GGACAGGGCAUGGCAGGUGUUUCUAAGUAGGGUCUCCGAAGCUGACUGGCGGCCGAGCUGCCUGUGAGUCCUGGAUCAGUAUAUCCUGCUUCCUUGAUCAGCUAACAGGAAUAUGGGGCGGGGACGGCCUGGAAUAGGGCGGGAUCUUGCGUGGCCCCGGAUGCGGCCCCGCCUCCUCGGAACCGGAAGUGAGCGGGCACAGGGAGCGGCGGGGCGCGGCGGGAGCCUGGCGGACCCUGCUGGUGCGGUAAUCACUGAUCAUCGCAGAUGCCCUCAGAUUCCACUUUAGAUUCCUUGGAUACGGACAGACUCUGAGCUGCUUUUCCCAGCAAAGGAGAAAGAUGUGGAAAGCCUCUGCAGGCCAUGCUGUGUCCAUCACCCAGGAUGAUGGAGGAGCCGAUGACUGGGAGACUGACCCUGAUUUUGUGAACGAUGUGAGUGAAAAAGAGCAGAGAUGGGGUGCCAAAACCGUGCAGGGAUCGGGGCACCAGGAACACAUCAACAUUCACAAGCUUCGAGAGAAUGUCUUCCAAGAACAUCAGACGCUCAAGGAGAAGGAGCUGGAAACGGGACCCAAGGCUUCCCACGGCUAUGGCGGGAAGUUCGGUGUGGAGCAGGAUAGAAUGGACAGAUCAGCCGUGGGCCAUGAGUACCAGUCGAAGCUUUCCAAGCACUGCUCACAAGUGGACUCGGUUCGGGGCUUCGGAGGCAAGUUCGGUGUCCAGAUGGACAGGGUGGAUCAGUCUGCCGUAGGCUUUGAAUACCAGGGGAAGACGGAGAAGCAUGCCUCCCAGAAAGACUACUCUAGUGGCUUUGGUGGCAAAUACGGUGUGCAAGCUGACCGUGUAGACAAGAGUGCCGUGGGCUUUGACUACCAGGGCAAGACGGAGAAGCAUGAAUCACAGAAAGAUUACUCCAAAGGUUUUGGUGGCAAAUAUGGGAUUGACAAGGACAAGGUGGAUAAAAGCGCUGUGGGCUUUGAGUAUCAAGGCAAGACAGAGAAGCACGAAUCCCAGAAAGACUAUGUAAAAGGCUUUGGAGGAAAGUUUGGUGUGCAAACAGACAGACAGGACAAGUGUGCCCUUGGCUGGGACCAUCAGGAGAAGCUGCAGCUGCAUGAAUCCCAAAAAGACUAUAAGACUGGUUUCGGAGGCAAAUUUGGUGUUCAGUCCGAGAGGCAGGACUCCUCCGCUGUGGGGUUUGAUUACAAGGAGAGAUUGGCCAAGCACGAGUCCCAGCAAGACUAUGCCAAAGGAUUCGGCGGGAAGUAUGGGGUGCAGAAGGAUCGGAUGGACAAGAACGCAUCCACCUUUGAAGAAGUGGUCCAGGUGCCGUCUGCCUAUCAGAAGACUGUCCCCAUUGAGGCUGUAACCAGCAAAACCAGUAAUAUCCGUGCUAACUUUGAAAACCUGGCAAAGGAGAGAGAGCAGGAGGACAGGCGGAAGGCAGAAGCCGAGAGAGCUCAGCGGAUGGCCAAGGAAAGGCAGGAGCAGGAGGAGGCGCGAAGGAGGCUGGAAGAGCAAGCCAGAGCCAAGAAGCAGACGCCCCCUGCAUCCCCUAGUCCUCAACCAGUUGAAGACAGACCACCCUCCAGCCCCAUCUAUGAGGAUGCCGCUCCGUUCAAGGCUGAGCCGAGCUACCGAGCUAGUGAAUCUGAGCCCGAGUACAGCAUCGAGGCUGCAGGCGUUCCUGAGGCUGGCAGCCAGCAAGGCCUGGUCUACACAUCAGAGCCCGUGUAUGAGACCACAGAGGCUCCUGGCCAUUACCAAGCAGAGGAUGACACCUACGAUGGGUAUGAGAGUGACCUGGGCAUCACAGCCAUCGCCCUGUAUGACUACCAGGCUGCUGGCGAUGAUGAGAUCUCCUUUGACCCUGAUGACAUCAUUACCAACAUAGAAAUGAUUGACGAUGGCUGGUGGCGUGGGGUGUGCAAGGGCAGAUACGGGCUCUUCCCAGCCAACUAUGUGGAGCUGCGGCAGUAGAGUGGCCACCCAGAGCCUACCGGCACCAGCACAGGGUUCACACUACAGAGCAUCUGCGUGUGUUUGAGUUGGUUUCUGCUUCCGUUUCUGUUUUUGUUUUUUUUCUGAAGAUGGGAAGGGGAAUAUUCAUAUUGACUUUAUAUUUAAUACGUCUGCUGAUGCUUCGGGGCAUGUCCUGCCACAGAAUCUGCUAAUGUCUGAUGAUCAUGUUCACAGAGAACAUGGGUGAUUACUUUCAGCCAUCCCAGGUGUUUUAGUUUUGCCAAGCUGACUGUGGUAUGUAGCCACUUCAGGGGUUGCGCUUCUCCUGAGGUUGCUGGUACAUGCGGCCUUGUGCCCACCCCCACCCCCAUUGUAGCCAGGUUCCCAGGAUGGAGACAGUGCUCCUGGAGUGGGCACUCAGUGGGGAGGCUCUCUGGGGUCCAGUGUUUGGAAGAAGAGGAAAGGGGACCAAAGGAAAGUGAGGUCCCAGAGUGUUGACACUGUGAGGGAAGUCCUAUCUAUCAGUCCUGACCACUUAAGCCAGGACCCCACGCUUCCUUUACUCUGUCUCCUCAUCUCUACCUCCCCUGACACCCCAGUCCUGGUUGACCCUUUCUCCUGCCUUGCCCUGAAGUGUUACCUUCUCCCAUUGCAUUUGAGGCCUAUAACAUAAAGUGCAUCUCAGAGAUGUGCUAGUGGCUUAUCCUGGGCUUGGCCUGCAACGUGGGAGACUUGGGAGGGGGUCUUGGACCUGUUCAUGACCCCUGAGCAGCCUGCAAUGAGCAGUGUGGGCAGACGGAUAUAUAGCUCCUUCAUGCAAGCUUCCAGAAGCACGCUCCCUGUGGGGAAAUGUGUUCUUUUUGCCAAAUAUGUUCAGUUAUAGUCAGCUGAUAGAUUGAUGUGGCUGAAAACAGGACUGAGUGAGCCAAUGCUCCCACCUGGGUGCCUCUCCAGCUUCCUUGAGCAACUGUCCCUAAGAUGCCUUCAAGUGUCUGAGACACGAGGAGGCUGGGCCACUCUGGAUAUGCACAGCCAGGCAAACAGUAUGUCUUUGUAGAUGAGUCCCCACCUCUGGGACACAUGAGGAUCGAUGUCCAUUUUCUCCCUGUGUGCUUUCUUGCAGAAUCCUUGCCUUUCCGUUGUUAGGUUGGGUUUUCUAUAUGAAAUAUCAUCUGGAAUUCUGUAGCACACCUCAUAGGUAUGGAAUUUUUUUAAAUUAAAUAUUCAGAAUAAACUUUUUUUGAUCCAU